UCUCUGAUGCUGGAGGCGGGCCUUGGGGUCGCGGUCGGCGCCACCGCCUCUUUGGGCCAGGCCGACUCACGUGACUGACGCGGGCUCCGGAGCGGCGGGCCGCAUUGAGGAAGCAGCGGCGGCAGCAGAGGCGGCGGCUGUCGCUGGAAGGUAGCGGCCUGGCGAGGGACCGGCGGCUGCCCUCUCCGACCGCCGCGGCGCAAGAGAAAAAUGGCGGAGGCCUCGGCGGCCGGGACGGGCUCUGGCGCCGCCGUCGCCGCGCACCGGUUUUUCUGCCACUUUUGCAAGGGCGAGGUCAGCCCCAAACUGCCGGAAUAUAUUUGUCCCAGAUGUGAAUCAGGCUUUAUUGAAGAAGUGACAGAUGAUUCCAGUUUUUUAGGUGGUGGUGGCAGCCGAAUGGACAGUAGCACAUCAACACAUUUUGCAGAAUUCUGGCGCAAUUUGGACCACACGAUGAUUAUACAAGAUUUUAGACCAUUUCUAAGUAGCAAUCCACUGGACCAAGAUAAUAGAGCCAAUGAGAGAGGUCACCAAACUCAUACUGAUUUCUGGGGACCAAGUCGACCUCCACGGCUGCCAAUGACUCGGAGAUACAGAUCGCAAGGAAGUACUCGUCCUGAUAGAUCCCCAGCUAUUGAAGGAAUAAUACAACAGAUAUUUGCAGGGUUCUUUGCAAAUUCUGCAGUUUCUGGUGGAUCCCCACACCCUUUUACCUGGAGCGGGAUGCUGCACUCCAACCCUGGGGACUAUGCCUGGGGUCAAACAGGGCUUGAUGCCAUUGUAACCCAGCUUUUAGGACAGCUGGAAAACACUGGGCCUCCCCCAGCCGACAAAGAAAAGAUCACAUCUCUUCCAACAGUGACAGUGACUCAGGAACAAGUUGAUAUGGGUUUAGAGUGUCCAGUAUGCAAAGAAGAUUACACAGUUGAAGAGGAAGUCCGGCAGCUACCCUGCAACCACUUCUUUCACAGCAGUUGUAUUGUGCCGUGGUUGGAACUGCAUGAUACAUGUCCUAUAUGUAGGAAGAGCUUAAAUGGUGAGGACUCUACUUGGCAAACCCAGAACUCUGAGGCCUCUGCAAGCAACAGAUUUAGCAGUGACAACCAGCUACAUGACCAAUGGACUUUCUGAAGCUAAAGACCACUUCUGAGCCAGGGCUGUGGUAGUCUUCUUACCACAGCUGUGAAUUGUAUCAAAACAAAAAAAUAGUAGGUGGAUUUAGGAAUCGUGUAAGAAACCCCAACCCAUAAUAUUAAUGCAGAGUGUUUUCUUUCAAUUUAAAGUUAGCAUCAAUAGAUGGAAUUGUAUCCACAACCAAAUGCCUCUUAUUCCUGAAUUCAGAGUGAUAAUUUUAUAAAUGUGAAACUUAAUUAUGUGGGUUUCCUCCUGCCAGAAUAGAAUUAGUUCCUUAAAGUCUAGCUAGGGUUCUGCUCUUUGUCAUGUUACCUUGUAAUGGAUGUUUUCACCUCCUUGUCCAGCCUCCACCCUACCAUUAGUGUAUGUUACAGUAAACAGUGGAACCAGAGCCCUAAAAUCCUACUGAUGUAAAGUCCUUCUGUUUUAAUUGUA